ACAACAAAUCCAAAAUUACAUUUUAUUAAUGAAUAAUUCAAUAUCAGUCAGUUAUUUUAUUUCUUAUGAUGAUAAAAAAAUGAAUGCUCAGUUAUCAAUUGCUUAUUCGUACUAUAUGAUUAUGGAUUGUUGUAGAAGAAAGAUCAUAGUUCAGAUAUUGAGCUUGUUUUUGAAGUUUCCUUCCAGAUGUAUUUGCAACAUUGUAGGACAUUUGUCUGGCAGGUAUAUAUGGAAUACUCAUUUGCCAGCAGUGAGGAGGAACAUAUAGUUAAUGAUAAAACCUAUGCUGAAGAAAUAGAAGAUAAUGGACAGAAUUUAUUUGAAAAUCAUGUACGGUUAUUUGGAGAGAAAAAUUGUGAUCAUAUCGAUAAAACAUUAUUUCUUAGUGAUGAUGAAGCAAAUGAUGAAGCUGUUACUCAGAAUAUUUUAAUGAAACUUUCAGCAAUUUAUAAAUAUGCUGUGAAGCCAUUAGAAUUUGCUUAUAAAUUUGUUGAUUUAAACAAACAUGUUGUGAGUGCAGAUGGUGAAAUAUUUGCAUUGCCAAGAGUUGUAUUUGUUGGACCAUGGAGUACAGGAAAAUCAUCAAUCAUUAAUUACAUUCUUGGUGUUGAGAAUACUACAAGUUCAUUGCCAAGUGGUGCACAGCCUACUACUUCAGAUUUCACAGUUUUGACUUAUGGAUCAGAAUACAAAACAACAGAAGGAAUGGUUUUAUCAAUGGACAAUAGUUAUUCAUUUUUAGAAAAGUUUGGACAUAAUUUUUUAGAAAGAUUACUGGGAAUUCAGAUACCAAGUGUAUUAUUGAAAAAGGUAAAUUUUAUUGAUACACCAGGUGUUAUUGAAAAUCGAAAGCAGAGAGAAAGAGGUUAUCCAUUUGUGGAUGUUUGUAAAUGGUUUAUUGAACAUUCUGACUUAAUUGUAUUUGUCUUUGACCCAACAAAAUUAGAUGUUGGAGUUGAAUUAGAAGCACUCUUUGGUCUUUUAAAGGGUCAUGAAACAAAGGUAAGAAUAAUUUUGAAUAAAGCUGAUACAAUUACUCCUCAAGAACUUCUUAGAGUAUAUGGAGCAUUGUUUUGGAGUCUUGCCCCAUUAAUUAAUGUUACUGAACCACCACAGGUUUAUGUUGGAUCAUUUUGGUCUAAAGUUUUCAAUUUGUUAUCACAAGUAAAUGUACCAUUAUUUUUACAUGAAGAAAUAUUGUUUUUAAAAGAUUUACAUGAAGUUAUUGCAAAUAGAUUAGAAAACAAAAUAGCAUUUGUGAGACAACAUGCUAUUAGAGUAAGGAAUCAUGCACUACUUGUGGAUCAGUACUUAAAAACAUUACAAAAACACAAGUCAAUUUUCCAAGACACAGCAGAGAUUGCUAUAGAUAUUGCAAAUAAUUCUGACCAGUAUAAAGUAUUUCAAAGUUUAUUGAUAAAUUCAGAUAUUAAUAGAGAAGAUUUACAUUCACCUAAAGAUUAUGCAGAAUUUUUUGAACUUCAUGCAAUGAAUUCAUUUCUUCCUCUCUCAAAACAUUGUGGAUUUAUAAGUUCCUGUCUUCUAGAUACAAUCAAUUAUGCAAUUCAGUAUGAAUUACCAGCUCUGUUGGAUGAAGUUCAGACAUUACAAGGAAAAACUUGUCAAAAAGAUUUGUGUAAUUCACAAAUGAAUAGAGUACCUCAUCAAAACAGAAAUAAUUAGUACAAGUAUAAAUUUUUAAAAUUUCUUCCGAAAGAAUUUGAUUACUUGCAAAAUUUUAUUUUAUUAUAAAAGAGAUGAUAUUGAAAAAAUUUAUUAUAAUUUAUUGA